AUGGCCGAGUUUUUUGGAUCCAGCACCCCUUUCGCGGAGCCGCUGUGGUACUCCCGCCCAGGAAAUCCUCAUUAUACUGAUUCGCAUAGGCGGUUGCGGGAUGAGAUCCGCCGAUAUGUUGACACUGAAAUAGAGCCGUUUUGUGCCGAGUGGGAGGCCAAUCGUUCGGUCCCGAAAGCAGUUCGCAAACGCCACGCAGACCUAGGCUAUACGGCCAUCCUGUUGAAUCCGGCCGCAAUUGGGAACUAUCUUGGGGCCAUUCAACUCCCAGGGAGGGUUUCUUCGAAGGAAUGGGAUAGCUUCCAUGACCUUAUAGCUAUCGACGAAAUGGCCCGCUGUGGCUCUCUCGGGGUUUUAUGGGCUCUUGGAUGUGGAAACGCGAUUGGCUGUCCUCCGGUGAUCAAUUUUGGGACCGAGGAGCAGAAGUCCAGGUGGCUGCCUCCUGUCAUUCGGGGCGAGAUCAGAUUUUGUCUGGGCAUUACGGAGCCGCAAGCCGGAUCGGACGUUGCUAGCAUCUCGACUACAGCGCAGAAACAAGAUAAUGUGUUCAUCGUCAAUGGGACUAAACAGUGGGUUACCAACGGCCUGUUUGCACACUAUUGUACAGCAGUCGUCCGGACUGGCGGUGCUGGGAAAGCCGGAAUCUCAUUACUGGUCAUUCCCUUAGAUUCCAAAGGGGUUUCUCGGACUGAGAUACACAGCUCUGGUGUCGCUUCAAGCGGAUGUGCUGCGCUCAAAUUCGACAACGUUGAGGUUCCCGCUGAGAAUCUUCUUGGCAACUUGAAUGAAGGCUUUCAGUUGAUCAUGUCCAGCCUGAACCAUGAACGUCUCUGGAUAGCUGGUAACUGUCUUCGCCUUGCCCGCAUAUGCCUCGAAGAUUCAUACAAACACGCGCUCACACGCCAGACGUUUGGAAAGCCUCUGAUAGAUCGUCAAGCUAUCCGGCUCAAGUUUGCCAAUGUCGGCAUGCAAAUAGUGAGCGCAUACGCCCUGCUUGAGUCUCUGGUCCAGGUCAGAGAGAGCGGCUUCAAGAGAGCAACGGAUAUUGACGAGCUGGGCUCAAACAUUGGCGGCUUGUGCGCCCUGGCCAAAGUUAGUGCUGGUAGGGCAACAGAGUUGGCCGUUCGGGAAAGUCAACAGAUCCUCGGGGCACUUGGAUAUACACGAGCCGGUCCGGGAGCACGCGUCGAAAGAAUAAGUCGGGAUCUUCGAGUGCUCAUCAUUGGCGGCGGCAGUGAGGAGAUUUUGAGUGAGAUGUCAGUGAUGCAAGAGAGGAAGGACUUGGAAAAACUGCGUCUCUCUUGA